AUGGCAGACGACGUUAAGGUCAUAAAUAUAGUACUCGUAAAUCUUCAGAAUGCUGUUCACGCAUAUUCAAUUUAUAUACCUGUAAUCCAUGCGGCCAUAGAAGAGGCAACAGAUCAGAGAGAAAUAAUUGACGAAGAUGAAUUGAAUGCUUUAUCUGCCUGUAUCAGGCAGCUCUAUGCGCUGCUCAGUUUAAUAGCAACGUGCGCUCAGUCCAUUUUACCAAGAGCUUGGACUGAACAAAUUCUAAACCUCGACUUCGUUGGUUCACAUUUCCCGGGAAGAGAUUUCUGCAGCGAAUUAGAAAG